UAUGCGUAAUUAGUUGAGUCGGAGUUGUGCAGGAGGAAGUAGCGUUACUUCGCCAUGAAAUGGUGAUUAGUCAUCCGGGGAUGGCUAAGCUGUAUGGGUACUACUACAAAGGUAGCCGUUUUGCUGUUGUUUAUGAAUUCAAGCCAUUCGACUCCCUUUUCAAUCUCCUUCCUAAAGAGAGUUUCACUUGGUUGCAAAGAAUGAAAACCGCCCUCGGCUUGGCCUCCCUUAUAAGGUAUCUCCAUCUCGAAAAGUCUGCAUUUUACCAACCUUUUCUCGUUCACAGUCUUGAUGCUGCAAACGUAGUUCUUGAUGAGGAGUAUAAUCCAAAGCUGUGUGAUUUUGGUUCGAUUAGCGGUGGAAUAUUCCCGGAUAAGAGAGCAUAUUCAUGUCAUCAUGUUUGCUAUGGCUGCCUCGAUAUAUCUUUAUUUAAUACAGGUGAUCGGUCGAACAAACAAGACGUAUUUGCAUUUGGGGUUGUGCUUCUCUUUUUGAUAUCAAAGAGAGUUUAUACGGACGAAGACAGUGAAUCUUGUGCACCGUUUGUUUUCGAAUGGGCAUUUAGGGAAUAUGAAGAAGCCCUCCAAUCGAAAACCGAGUUUUCACUUGUCCACAAAAGUCUAGCAGAUGAAGAUGAUUUUUGUACAGAUGAUGGGCAUAAGAUUACUAUGCUAGCGCUCGAGUGCGUAAAUGGAGACGAAACUCAACGGCCUACGAUGAAGCAAGUCGUGAAAUCUCUCCUCAAACUUGAACUCGUUAAGCAAAAUGCCGACUUCCUUGGUGUGAACAAGGUGCUAAACCCAUGUGAAAAUGGCAUAUGAUGUAUUGCAAAAUGCUUUUGGUGCUAUGUGUUAUGUUUAAUAGUAGGGGUGUUUGGCUACAAAGUUACAUCCGAUGUUAUUUUGAGCUAGACUAUGGUAAACUGUUAUCCUUAUUUCGGUAUCAUUGUUAUAAUUUAAUCCUUGAUUUCAUCUA